GCUAGAGCCCAGACAGUUACACGUUUUCCCCCCAGGAACCUUGGUUGUCAUCACGGGCUUGGGGUCAGAGACAGAGCGGUGACCAUGGACAGGCUGGCAUUGUCCCCGGUGCCCAGCAACUGGCUGGUGGUGUUGCUGCUGCUUCUUCCAGCAGGUGAGAUGGUGGCAAAAAACCCAACAGUGGAGCAGCACCAGGAUUCUGCAGGAAGCCCUUGUUCCCAGAUCUGGCAGCACCCACGUUACAUGGCCAAGAAACGGGGUUCCGUGGUGUUAAUAACGUGCUACAUGGAGGCUGUGGGCGAAGUGAGCUGGCUCUGGACGCCGAAAAUGGAAUUGGAGCCCAACCCACUGCACUUGGAAGAGGGACGCAUUGAACACUCCCAAACUAACACCAGUGUCACCCUCACCAUUCGAGACAUCCAGUUUCAGGACAACGGCAUCUACUUCUGUCAGCAAAAGUGCUCGGGAGAUUCCAGUGGGAAGGGCUGUGGCACCGAACUUCGAGUCUUGGGGUUCAGCACCGUGGCACAGUUGAAGCGGCGGAACACACUGAAAGACGGCAUCAUCAUGAUCCAGACCCUGCUCAUCAUCCUGUUUGUCAUUGUGCCCAUCUUCCUGCUGCUGGACAAGGAUGACAGCAAGGCUGGAAUGGAGGAAGAUCACACCUACGAGGGCCUGAACAUUGACCAGACGGCCACCUACGAGGACAUAGUGACUCUGCGGACAGGGGAGGUGAAGUGGUCGGUGGGUGAGCACCCAGGCCAGGAGUGAGAGGCCCGUCUUCCCCAUGCCCCUGGGCACAGCCUGCUGUGCCCUCAGUGACUGCUUCAGAGCCGCCUGGCUCCCAGUCCAUCCUCUUUUCCCUGGACCCCCUGUUGGCCUCCAAAACUGGCCCACCUGAUCCUCCUGCCCCUCCAGCCCCUGGUCCCCAGCUCUUGUGAAGGGACUGGAGUGGAAGGGCCACAGGGCAGUGAUUUGGAGCAGGGAGUUCUCUGGGGAUAGACUGGACCCAGCCUUCUGGGGGUGCUAUGUGGAGAUCCACCCCAUGUUCAGGAUGGGGAAGGCAGAGACUUGUCUGGAACCUACAAAGGGACUAAGAACAGACUGGCUUCCUGUGAAGCCUGGGAAGGGCCGUGGCCCAGCACCACUUGACCACAGAUGGGCCACCGAGAGCUUCAUCCCGCUCCCACCCUCUUCCCCCCCAGGGGGCUCCUAGCCUUGAGCCCAUUCUCCCAUGGAAUAAACAAUGUAUCUUGAGAAACCACACCCAGGCUUGUGACAUCUAUGGGUAUGGGGUGAAUGUGAGUAUCUGUUUGAGCACAAAUGUUUGGGCACCUGUGGGCCCGUGGAGCGUGGGCGGGGACAACUGCCAUGGGGCUCCUGGACCUCUCCUGGGCUCACUUGCUACUUCUCUCUGAAGGUCCGGUUGGGACCCGUAGCCAUCUCCUCCUUUCUUCCCCUGCUCUGACCCUAGCUGGGCCCUGAAGGAGCUUACCCUCCUCCAUUCAUCCCAAUCCUACUGUCUUUCAAGGUCCUCCGCAUAUGGGAAGCCCUUCCAAAGCGCCCCAGUUCCUAUUUGGACCCCAGCCUCUGCAGCUCCGGCUUAGCUCUAGCCGUGUGCUGCCCAUGCUGCCCAUGCUGGCCUUGUUCUCCAGUGAAACCAGAAGCUGCCUGAGUUCUCCUGCCUCUACCACCCCUGCUACCCCCUGGCCCCCACCAAGCCUGGAAAUGUUUGUUGUUGUUUGACCCAGGCCCGUGUAAGUGAGAGACUCCUAAAGAGGGAGGCUUUGUGGUGGUGAACUUUAGGAGGCCUGAGUCAGUGACCCCUUCACUUUCCAGUCAUCACAUCAGAAGCCCCCUAGGGUUACAAGGUCACCACAAAAUGGUCCCUAGGGCCCUGCAAAAUAGGGCCCCAACCUGCCAGCUGCUGGAGUGAC